AUGUCUAUUGCCUUCACACGCUUUAAGCUGCGAUGCACCACAUACACUGUGGAUUUUAUGCGUCGUUUUUGUGACAGGUGUAACGUAGUGCUGUCGGCCUUAAGCUCACCGUUUGCCCAAAUUGGUCAGCGCAUUGGACAGGAGUCUCCAUGGGUUGUUAUUAUUUUUGCGUCGUCUAUUAUUUCCAUCUUUCCGUUGUUGUUUUAUCCGUUUUUGAAGCCGUAUCUUAUGAACGAUGUACGCUGGCAACAAGAGGAGGAGCGUGUGCGGCUUUGUCUUCAGAAGGGAAUCGAUCCUUACCCCUACAUGCGCCACAAGGAAUACGUGUUUGGUAACACUGUUCCUGCGUCGCAGAGCGAGGAGGAGGUACCUCUUGAGGUGUCGUGGGAGCACCGGGCGGUGGUAGAAUUUCAGAAGGCGAAGGAAAAACUAAGAAAGGAGGUCGGUGGUGAUGUGACUGACUCGGUAGCAAAGUUGAUGGCACUGCGGGCGGAAUUGCGAAGGGAGUUUGAGAAAAGCCGUCGCGGCGUAUCGGAGGAGCCUGGGAACCUUAUAUUUAAGGGGCAGAGUGAUGUCGACAGUCGGCAAUCCUGA